GUUCUGCUUCUUAAACUACUCGGGCACCGUUAACGUGCUUUGCCAUGAGUUUUUGAAUUAUUUUUUGAUUUAAAACCUCAAUAAGCAUCAAAUAUAAAUUUAUCUUAUCGAUAUUAAUAUAAUUAUUUAAUUUAUAAGUGUCGUCAUCAUAACUAAAUAAUUUGAAAUACAAUAAAUUUAAAGUCCAAGGGACUAUGAUAGAGUGAGUGAGGAUAUUGUAGUGUUACAUUGUAUUGUAGAGGGAGAAUACUCAACCUGAAUUUAGACGACGGUCCGUGUCCUGCUGAUUAUCAGAGUUUGUUUUUUGUAAUUAAAAAUUAUAAAAUAACAUUUUUUAUCAUCAUAAUCAUCAUUGAGACAUUGGAUGUGAUUUAUUAAGUACAUAACAAGUUUACGUCGACAUGCCGUACCUCAGGAAGAAGCCGUUUCAACGGCUUCAUGUAUCAUCGGACUAUAAGGAUGACGAUGAAGUCUUUCACUGUGAGGUUACGAACGAGGUCUUUAAAGAUUACAAUGAGUACUGCGAGAGAAUUAUACUUUGCAACUCGACUAUUUGGUCGUGUAGCAUCACAGGAAAAACUAACAUGACCUAUGAAGAGGCUUUUGCCUGUGAAGAAAAUGCUAAGAAGAGUCUCAAGGAGUUUCCUAUGGAGUUGAGAACUCCGAUACUGUACCUGGCUUCUAAAACUAACAGAACGUCAUUCAGUGAAAUGACGGAUGAUGUUUUUCAAUAUGCUCGAGAUCGUUAUUUCGUUGGGGAAAUGGUCGAAGCUAAUUUGAAUAAUGAUGUGUGGUGUGACUGCCAUAUAUUGCAAGUUAUUGAACCAACAGAAGCACAAUUAAAAGAAUACGCUAAGGAAAAUUCUCAGGAAAGACAGUAUUAUCCUCCGGCUAAAUUAUUUCGUUAUGAAGUUGAACAAAUGGAUGGCGACGUUAAUCAAAUAAUGAUUGUUGAAGGGUCACGAGUGAGACGUAAAAAACUUUUGUACAGCCGAGAACGCAAUAGAAUAUUUUUACGAAUGUUGUGUGAACAAAAUAGUAAGGGCGUUUGGAUUGUCAAGGAAUCAAUUCAACAAAAAUAUUCGAUUCCAAAAGUACGUUUUGAUACAAUAUUUUCAGGACCACUGCCAGACUUUAAUUUACCAAAAAAAUCAAUCGUCAAACAAAAACAAGUUACGUUAGAUAAAUUUCUUACGUCUGAUGUUAGCAAGCAUCGGGCAUUUGAGAAGCCGGAUUCACUCAAUAAAAUAAAUUCUGGUGGUAUUCAAGUUAAAAAAAAUCGCAAACCCAGAAUGAAUGGGAAAUAUAGUAAAGAACAUGAAGCUAAGGUUAAAGAGGAGAAGGAGAAGCGUAAAGAACAACGCAAUGAAAUGCGAGAACGUAAGAAAGAAGAGAAGCAGAAGCUUGCGGUUUUUGCUGCUUAUGUUAGAGAAUGGAAUAAACCUCGUGAGGAUCUCGAGUGUGAAGAUUUGCGACCAAUCACAGAGGCAACUCCCGUUGAUUGUGCGAUACCAAAUAAAAAUUUUGGUGAUUUUGCAAUGAUACUUGAAUUUUUGCAGUUUUUCUAUGAGGAAUUAGAAGUUAACUCGUAUUUUCCCGGUGGUCUGGCAUUUGAAACACUGGAAAAAGCCUUGUUGGUUAAGGAAGUAUCAGGACCUUGGAGUGAUUUAUUGCAACUUCUUUUGGCAAAUAUUUUCAAAUAUCAAGCUCAGGAAGAGGAUGAAAUUCAUGAGUCAAAUUCUAAAGUUGAUAAUAUAAACUUUGAUCACGGAGUUUCGUCAAUGGCAGAGGCUGUUAAAUUGGCAACAAGAGCAUCCACUUGGUGUCAAACACAUCAUGGAUGUCAGCUAUCAGAGCUUACUCUGGAUCAUGUCACACUGAGUGAAAUUUUACGGCAACAUUUACUGAGCUCUGGUGGUAGAAUCGGUGAAGCAGCGUCUAAAUGGAGAUACUCAGAGCGCGGUGGUUAUACUAAUCAUGAUGACCCAGCUCUUCUGUUGAGAAUAAAUCAGCCAAGACUUCUUCGACUUCUUGGCCAUCGCAGUGUGUGCGAGUUUGAUCUUGAUGAUCGACUUUGCGUAGCAACGUGUCUUAUCAAUCAGUUAUUAACAUUCGCUGCUGUGCGUGAUGUUAUUGAUGAGCGUUACGAAAAAGUUCAUCAGGCGCGUCGUGAGCUUAAGUCUCUCAUAGUAGCGGAACAAAAAAAAGAGAAAGAAGAGAAGGAACGAAUAAAGGAACGUGAGAAAGAUGGUAAAGUUGAUGGGGAUAAACCCGUAGAUGAGAAAGCUGAUGAUAAGCCGAAAAAAACACGUGGAAGUCGUGAAGAAGAGAAGCAGCGUGAAAAAUAUGAACAGCAAUUAUUAAAAUUGAAACAAGCGUCAAAGGAUGAUCAGAUGAUGCUUUACUUGGGCUCUGAUCGGGCUCAUCGUAGAUACUGGCGAUUACUCUCAAUUCCUGGUGUCUUUGUCGAAAACGACGAGAAAACACCAGGUUCGUGCCUUACUGAUGGUACGCCGUAUCUGCCUGAAUUACAAGAUAAAGAUUCAGCCGAUAAAUACCUCAAAAAUAAAUUUGAAGAUGAAGUUAGUGAUAAAGAAAAUAAUAUCAACGAGGCAAAGACGUCACAGGUAUCUAAAAAAACCGUGACCUUUGCUGAUACUAAUGGUAUUAAAAAAUUGUCAACAAGAGAAUUGAAUGACAUGAGAAAAAAACUAAUGGCUUGUACAGACGAUAAAGAUUGUCCUGUUCAUUGUAAGCGAUCAGAAACAAAAUGGAGUUUUUACAGUCGUCCGGAAGAUAUUGAAGCAGUGAUGAAUAACUUGAGCAUACGUGGGUUGCGCGAAGGAGAACUUCGAAAUAAUAUUAAUCAGGAAAUAGAAAGUCUUAAGUCUGUAAUAAAUAAUUGCCCGAAGCACAAGCUUAAUUCAAAAGUAUUCCCACAGCCCUCUCAAGAAACGGCUAGUAAGUCAACGAAAAAAGUUAAAAAUGAAAAUACAAAUCUUACUUAUCCACCUGAUGUUGCAAUCGAUGAAGUUAUGGAACUUUCAUUGCGUGAUUUUAUACUCGAACUGGAAGAUAAAAUAAAAGUUGGAUGUCUAGGAACACUUAAAGUAAAAGAUCGUGACGCUUGGAGAAAUGCAAUUACCAAUUGUCAAUAUGAUAAACAGUGCGAUAAACUUGUUUACGGGCAACAUGAAAUUGAAGCAGAUGUACCGAUAAACUCAGCAUUAGAUAAAAUAAAGAGUGAAACUCGACAGAGCAGUAGACCAGGAACACCAGAUUCUGAAGCAGGCAGCGGGGUUGGUAAAUCUUAUCAAGAUCCCGGUAAAUAUCUGGGUCCUCCUGAUGAAGGCGAGCUGGUAGCUGAUUCCAAGCAACAAAUGAGAAUUCGUCAGAUGGCCUGUGCAAUUUUGCAACUAUCGCAUGCUGUAGAGCAUAGAUAUUUAAAAAAACCACUUGGUCAUGAUGAUAAGGACAAAAAACACUCAACCGACGAAGCUAAAGAAAGAUGGGAGCAUUCGCUUAUGAUGUCCACGAGCUGGUCUCAAUUAUUUAUUCAUCUAAAUACUUUGGAGAGCAGCAUUGCGUGGAGCAGAAGUGCCCUUAAUGCACGAUGUCGCAUCUGUAGAAAGUGUCGCGAUGCAGAACAUAUGUUACUCUGUGAUGGAUGUAACAAAGGCCACCAUUUGUAUUGCCUUAAACCCAAACUUACGUCCGUACCAGAGGGUGAUUGGUUCUGUACAACGUGUAAGCCGCCAGAAACAAAAUCAAAACCAAAAAAUAAAAAAAGAAGAAGGUUUGAGGAUGAAGAGGAAGAAGAGGGUCUGACCAAAGAUACACGUCAUUCUCGCUCACGGCGAAUUUUGUCCAGUGAUGAUGAGGCUGAUGAUGAGACUGCUAAUGCUGAUGAUACAUUAGUAGAAGAAAAACCUAAAUUCCGAGAACUUUGUGCGAUUUGUGGUAAUUCUGGAAGUGUGAUAGCAUGUGACACAUGUAUAAAACUCUAUCACAUUGAUUGCCUUGACCCACCUCUCUCGAGAGCACCUCGUGGAAGAUGGUCUUGCUAUGAGUGCAGAAAUAUACGAAAAAAUGCAUCGAGACGCGCGCGAGGUCGCGAGAGGGAGAGAGACAGAGAGCGGUCUUGUGCGGCAGCUGCACGUUUCCGCAUCCACAGUUUUGCCAAGAGCCUUCUCCGUACAGAAACUUACAACUGGGAUGUAGAUAGCAGUGCAUCAGAGGAAACAGAUGUGCGACCACGUCAAACGAGGCGUGCAACCAAACGAGCUGCUGCUGAUCAAGAUAAAACGUUGCACGAACUUCUAAAAGAAGUAAUGCAUCACAAAGAAUCAUGGCCGUUUUUAUCACCUGUCACUGCUAAUGAAGUGCCUGAUUAUCAUGAAUUUAUAAAACAUCCAAUGGACUUUGGAACAGUUAAGAAAAAAUUAGACUCUGGUCUUUAUGAAAAUAAUUCACAUCUAUUUUUUGCUGACUGUCUUCUUAUAUUUGACAAUUGUCAAACUUACAAUCAACAAAAUAGUACUGUUUACAAUUAUGUUUACAGAGCUGGUAUGAGGCUGGCCAAAUUUUUCGAGAAGAGGAGCAAGGAAAUGGGCUUUAAUUACGAUGAGGAGACUGCUAAAUUGCCUGCGGCCAAGCGAAUAAAACUGGAAAAUGGUGAUGCUGAUCACAGUACGGAGAAUGGCUUGCAAGAGACUAAAGUUAAUGGCGAUAGUUAAGAUAAAGACUGCACGUUAUUUAUUUGUUUUGGUACAGAUUUAAAAUUUAAAAUAAAUUGUAAUAUUUUUAAAUUUAAACGAUAUAACAAAAAAAAUAUUAUUAUGAUAAUAAUAACAAUAAUAGAAUGUACCUUAUUUUUGUCGUAAGAUAAAUCGGUGUGUUCAUAAUUACGCGAAAGAAUCUCGUGGUUACUUUUCUUUUCAACUCGUGACUGACAAAACUUUUUUUUUCUAGGUCAGUAUAAUGUUUUUUUUUUAAUUUCCAACUAGAUAAUUAUUACCGAAAAUCAUAAUCAAAUACUCACCAUGAGACAAUUAAAUUUUGAAAAUUAUAUACGCAGUAUUAUCGAUCACACGUAAAAAGCAUAAUUUUAUUUUAUUUAAAUUUUGAUUUCAGUAAAAAAAAAAAAUUAUGUAUGGAAAAUAUGAAUGUGAAUGCAGCAGACAUGAGACAAUUUAUAAAUUUUAAAUGAAAAAAUUAAUUAAUUAAUUAAAAAAACGAAAUUUAAAAAAGUACACGUACCAAUUUUUCAUUGAUCUAAAUACGCAUUUUGUUAUUUUUAUUCUACUUACAUUUAAUUUAUUUAUUCAAACAUUUAAAAAAUCCCCACUUGUCAGUUACAUUCACACUCAUUGGGAAAGACAAAAAAAUUAAUAUUAUUCUUUAAUUAAAUAAUUAUUCAUUUUCAAUGAACUAAGAACACGUUUUUUACUCGAUCAACUAUUUAUUACUUUUAAUUAAUUUUAGUAAAUAAUAUACUUUAAUAUUAAUGAUAAUUGUUGAAUUUAGUUAAAGAAGAGAUUUGUGUGACAGAUAGUUUAGAUGAAUUUUAGUUUCGUUCAGUAUGGUGACAAUUAUUAGCAGUUGAUUACUUUUGUACAACAGCAGUAACAAUUAUCUUUGUCGUUAAAUUAUUAAAUUAUUAAUUAAUACUCGUUUAUAAUUAAUUGGUGUAAAAGGUGGUCUCAUCAUUAGUACUUAUAGGAUUUUCUUUCGUUCCAGCAAUUAAGUAAAUACAAGAUUGUUUGGUUCCCAUGGGGCUUGUUUGAAUUUAGGCUGGACCUAGGGUACAAAAUAAUAAAUAAAAAUAGAUUGAUCAUAGAGGAUUGUGCGGCACAACAGAACCAAUUCUUUGUAACAAUCGCUGUUUUAUACAAUUAAUUUGGUAAUAAAUUCCUCGAAAGCGAACUAUUUUUAUCAGGUUAUUUACAUACUAGAUAUAAUAUUAAUAAUUACUACAGUCUAAAUCUAUUAUUGAUUAUUAAUAAAUUAAUUUAACAAUUGACCAAUACGUUUAUUUUUCAAUUUAUUAUACCUCCAAUAAUUACAAUAGGUUUUUAAAUUUAAUUAUUCGGAAAGUCUACGAAUUAAUCAAUAGCUUUUUCUUACAUUAUUUUCAAUGAGCUACUUCUUGAUGGUUUUAUUAACAAGAAAAUUUAAUGAUCUUCGCCCGAGUACAUCUUUCUUCUAAUCUCACGCCACUUGGCAACGUUCUCAGGUGCAUAAG